UCUAAUUUAUUUUUAAUUGUUCAGUUUUGUUCGAAAGACAAGAUUAAGAUUUUAAAUUUUUAUACAGUAAAAAUGUUUUAGCAGAUACCAUUUCAAAGAUUUGUUUUUGGUCUUUUGGACUGAUAUUUAUUGAUGAGUGGAAACUAGAAAUGUUAUACUUGACCGUUUCAGUGUGAAACUGCGAACACGCGAUUGUGAAUGCAAUGCGCAGACCGCUACAUGGUUAUCCGUUUCUGAUGCAGAUCUUCGUAACUCGUUUGCAUGUGAUAAGGUUGGCUGCUCAGCAGUCACUGCUUGCUUAACGGGGAGUCUGCAUGGUUUACUUGUUGUCAAAUAGUUUCUGCGAGAACAGUCAUUAAUAAAGCCGAAGGACGGUGAUUGGAUGUUUGGAGAAGUUUUUGUAGUAAAUCGCUGGAGUGGACCAUCAGCGCUGCUUCAAAGGGGCUGCUAUCAUACCAGCACAUCGUGUUUAAAAUUUAUAAUAAGCGGAUUUGGACUGUUACCACUGGGAGCCGAAAGCCACCGGAGGAAAAUACGCGCGCGUGGAAAUGACUUCGCUGCGCACGGUUCCAUGGAGUCCAGCGGGGCCUGGUGCUCGUCAAGGGUCGGCGCGCGGACCCACAUCGUCCAUUCCUUUCACCAUUCAUGAACAAGACGAAAGCGCCGAAGACUGUGUGGAAAUCGUGCAAGAGAUCGAGACAGGUUUCUCUGGCGAGCCGUCUGUCGACCAUGCGGAAAUCUCCCGUGGCUCCAGUGUCUCGGAAAAAUCCCGACCCACCCUGGCUGCACCCUAUCAACAACGCACUGCCACCAGCAACCAGUCGAUAGACCGAAUUAUUGGCAGUUUACUUGUUGGGCCGAGAAUAACCGCAUAUUUGGCGGACAAUUCGCCAGUAGAUUUCGUGCCGAGCGGAGGAUAUCGAUGCAGAUGCCCAGAGCUUGUGGACUGUGUUAUCCGCGCCAGGAAUCUUGACCGUUUGGAAGCGGAAAACGCCUUAGCUGUGUGGUUUACGGAUGACAACCUUGAAUUUGAAGUACAACUGAAAGCCCGACAUAAUCCAUUCGUUAUUCAAAAAUAUUGGGGGUACUUUUUGAAGAAAUUCUCAGAUGUUCAUGUGACGGAAAACCCAGGUAGGCUAUAUUGCACUGUUGAAUUUGGGCCAUAUGUUGAUCAGGGAUAUGGCGCGCUUUUCUUGGAUUAUUCUUCAACUCACUGUAUAAUCGCAGGCAUUUUGGUGUAUGUAAAACGAUCUGUUUUUCUUCCCAUUGCGAAAGAGCGUCAGAUCAUGGAUUCUCGUCUCCUGCAGCUUUUGUUCGAAGAAGCACAAAUCAAAUACUUGGGCUGCAAAUAUCUCUUUAGCCGAGAUGAUGUGGUAUCUUUGGGAGUGUUACUGUUAUUUAAAGUGCACGGGCGCUUUGUUGAAGGUUCGGAUUUCUUAUCAUCUGUGCGAUUCGAACGGUUUUUUCCUUCUCUUUUCCUGAACGAUAAUAGUUACCGUAGAAUGAACGGAGAGCGUGACAUUAAGGAUCUAAUUAAAGCGACUUAUGAGGAAACGUACGCUAGUUCAGCAGAGGAAAUUCAUUUGAGGUUUCUGUUGAUUUGCCAGGCAAAUCCUGCUUAUGGAGCGGCCUUUUUUAACGGCGUUAUGGAGGCUCGACCAUCUUCACGGCUGACAGAGACAUUGUUUGGACGGUCAGCGAUUGCCGUACGGAUUGCUGUGAAUGAACAAGGCAUGCUAAUUCUGCCUUCAGUAGAAAAAUUGAAGAUGUACCCGGAGUAUUUAUUGGCGUUAAGGCACUAUGAAUUCACAUUUUGCUGCCGUCAACCACCUGAUCACGAUGCCAUGACAAAUGUCGAUACGGCUUGUCUUAUGAUAACGAUGAAAAUCCCAGUGCUGAAUGAAAAAGGAAGUCGAGUGGCCGCUGAAACACGAUCCCUCCGAAUUUACUCUAAACAGGCGCAGCUGAUAGAAGCUUGUCUUUCGACCUUUAAGCAUAACAGAUAUGCAUCGCUAGCACGACGACGUGAGCAUUUGAUUGACGGCGAAGAUUUAUCAGACGAUGGUGUGGAUGAUGUGGAGUUAUGGAACAAUGCUUCGUUUUCCGGCAGCAAUACCAGCGUGAUUUCCCGAAUGAAGGAGAUUAAAGCUAUGCCAAGCACAUUUUCCCAUGGCGAUUGCACUAUUGUUAACCAUUUUGAAAAGUUUUAUCUGCAUAAAGUAUGAAUAGCGUUGUGAUUAAGGCAUUGGGAUCUCCUAGAGUAUUAUAACUUGCGUCGAUCGGCUCAUUGUCUAGGCAGCUUGAUUACAAGUUACAAUUCUUUUGAUGCAUUUAUUUAGAGCAAUAUGUUGAACCAUCUUUUUUUUAAGUUUUUGUUUUGUUCCUUAGAUCACCUUUUUGUUCCUUGUUUGUGAUAAUUGUUAUAUCAGCAAUACUGUUGCACCUUUAUGUACAUACGAAGCCUAAACGUAACUAAUUGUGUAGAACGGAAAAAUUAGCCAUCAACGGGAAAAAAAGACUGUUUUUGUGCU